AUGCCUAGUGGGGAGGAGCUGCAGCGGGAGCAGCAGCAGCAGCAGCUGCUGCUGAGCAUUUUCUUGCGGGGUCUCUCGGUGCAGCGGGACAGCAGCAGCAGCAGCAGCAGCAGCAGCAGCAGCAGCGCCAAGAGGCCUUGCUUGCCUGCAGCAGCAGCAGCAGCUGUUGCUGCUGUCUCAAAGGCCGGCCUCAAGAGUCUCUUCCUGCUGCUGGAGCAGCAGCUGCAGCGGCUGCUGCAGCAGCGGCGCGCUGCAGCAGCAGCCAAAAGGAAGCAGGCAGCAGCAGCAGCAGCAGCAGCAGCAGCAGCAGCAGAAGAAGAACCAGGUGCAGAUUCAGACGAAGACAGUGGAGACGGCACAGCAGCAGCAGCAGCAGCAGCAGCAGCAGCAGCAGCAGAAGCAGCAGCAGCAGCAGCAGCAGCAGCAGAAGAGACAGAAGCUGCAGAUGUUCCCUUCGAGCAGGAGCUGGAGUCUUUCUUCGCCGAAUGUGUCUCCUUAGAAACCCUUCCUUGGCUGCAGCCUCUGAGGCCUUUGCUGCUGCAGCAGGAAGCAGCAGCAGUGGUUCGCGUGGCCGCCUCCCUGGACCAAGGGCCCCCCGUGUCACUGUUUUGCUGCUUGCUGCUGCUGGAGCUGGGGGGGCAGCUAAAAGAGCAGCUGGUGCUGUUCUCCGGCUGCUGCUGCACUUUGCAGCAGCGGGAGGGCAUAGCAGCAGCAGCAGCAGCACUGGAAGCAGCAGCAGAGCUGCUGCCGCGGCCGUGGCUGCAGCAGCAGCAGCAGCUGCUGCAGCUCUUUGCUGCUGAGCCUUACCUCGUUCGAAAGGCCCUUCUAGAAAGCCUCAAGUUGCUGCUGAUAAAAGCCCACAGUGCAGCAGAAGAAGCAGCAGACACACGAGCAGCAGCAGCAGCAGCAGCAGCAGCAGCGCAGCGGCGCAGCAGCAGCAACGGGAACGCGGAGGGCUGGGACGGCUCCGAGAAGGAAGACAGCAGCGACGAGGGAGACUCCACACCUGCUGCUGCUGCUGCUGCUGCUGCGCUGCAGCAGCAGCAGCAGCAAGGAGGCAAGGACCCGCAGCAGCAGCAGGCGCGGGAAGCCCGCUUCUGGGGGCAGCAGCAGCAGCUGCUGCUGCAGCUGCUGCUGCUGCGGCUCGAAGACAAGCUGCCGCUAGCCCGCAGCUGGUGUUUAAAAGUGCUGGGGGAGCUGCUGGAAAAAGGGAUUUUAUCUGCUGCUGCUGCUGCUGCUGUUGCUGCUGCAGCAGCAGAAAGAGUCCGGGACAGAAGCUCGCUGGUGCGCGCUGCGGCGCUGCAGGUGAUAACAGCAGCACUGCAGCAGGCUGUGCAGCAGCUGCAGCAGCAGCAGCAGCAGGAGCAGCAGGAGCUGCUGCUGCAGCAGCCUUUCGUGCUGCUGCUCGCAGACGAACACGGCGAGUUCAGGGCGAGGUAUCAGCAGCAGCAGCUGCGCAAGCAGCAGCGACUGCUGCAGCUGCAGCAGCAGCAGCAGCAGCAGCAGCAGCAGCAAACAGCAGCUGCGUGCGAAGCAGCAGCGGAGGCAGCGGCAGACACGCCCACAAAUGCUGCUGCUGCUGCUGCUGCUGCUGAGAGCUCUGAGGGCAAAGAGGGCUGCAAUGGAGAUGGGAAAGCAGCAGCAGCAGCAGCAGCAGCAGCAGCAGCAGCGCCAGAUUCUGCUGCUGCUGCUGCUGCUGCUGCUGCUGAGGAGGAGGACCCUUUGCUGCAGCUGGUGGUAAAGGCCGAAGACGCGUUUGACACGGCGCUCUCUCUAGCUGUGGAAAUGCUUUGCUGCCCCUCGGACAGCGACCAGAAGGCGGCGCUGCGGUUCAUAGUGGACAGCAGCAGCUUGCUGCUGCUGCAGCAGCAGAAGCUGCUGCUGCCGCUUCGUGCUGCACUUCGUUUGUCUUAUUCUUGCGUGUCUUCUGUGGCGGAGUUUGCUGCUGCUCACCUGACGCGGCUGCUGCUGCACCCCAAGACGCUGCUGCUGCAGCAGCAGCUGCUGCAGCAGCAGAAGCAGCUCGCGGCCCUCCUCGUCAAGCGGAAGCUGCUGCAGCAGCAGCAGCCGCUGCAGCAGCAGCCCAGAAGGAGGAAGCAGCAGCAGCAGCAGGAGCCUGCCGAGGACGAGGAGCAGCAGCAGCAGCAGCAGCAGCUGCUGCAGCUGCUGCAGGCUGCAGCAAACGGCUCCUGCUACCGCUUUGCUGCUGCGCGGCUGCUGCUGCUGGUCUUUGCUGCUCAAAUCAAAGACUUUGUGUCUCUUGAGAGACUCUUUUUGCUGCUGCUGCAGAGCAGCAGCAACUUCUUGCCCCCCCACCUCAAAAAGCUCAUUCACGCCCUCUUCGUCCUCGCGCUCCAGCCCAAUUUCUCCCUGGGGCGCGAUGCUGUGCCUCGCUGUGCUGUGGGCUGCAUCCGUUUGCUGCUGCUGGCGUCUCGGCGGGUCUUUGAGGUGCAGCAGCAGCAGCGGCCGCUGCAGCAGCAGCAGCAGCAGCUGCUGCUGCACCGCCUGACGGACACUCAGCUGCGGGCGCUCGAGGGCGCGCUGCGGCACCAGUCCGCCGCAGCAGCAGCAGCAGCAGCAGCGCGCAGCAGCAGCAGCAGCAGCAGCAGCAGCAGCAAGGGCAGUUUGCUGCUGUUUGGAGAACUCUGCUCCGUCUUGCCAUUUGCUGCUUCUGAAGGAAGAGCAGCAGCAGCAUCAAUGAACGCCCUCAAGCUGCUCAUGCAGCACUUGGGGACCACCGACACCAACUGUGCUGCUGCUGCUGCUGCUGCUGCUGCUGCUGCUGCAGGUUUGCUGCUGCUCAAGCUGUGGUGGAUGCCACGUUCACUCACUGCCCGCAGCCAGACGUCCUGUGGGGCCGUCUCUCAUGCUCUGCACCAGCUGCUGGCUGCUGCAGCACAGCAGCAGCAGCAGCAGCAGCAGCAGCAGCAGCAGCAGCAGCAGCCGCAGCGCGUGGCCACCGCGGCCUUGCCGCCGCCAGCAGAGCCGCCCUCAACGCCCGCGUCCUCUCCGUCCCCGCGCUCAGCAGCAGCAGCAGCAGCAGCAGCAGCAGCAGCAGCAGCAGCAGCACCAGCAGCAGCAGCAGCAGCAGCAGCAGCAGCAGCAGCAGCAGAUGGCAGCUUGUGGGGCCCCCUGGCCCCUCCCCGAGAACCCUGCCCCGUGCUGCUGCUGCCCAUUUCGGGGGCCCCUUCUGCUGUUAGGCUUUCGCAGCUGCUGUUUCUGGCAGGUCAUGUUUUGCUGCGCUGCUGUUUGCUGCUGGAGUUGCUGCAGCGGCAGCUGAAGCAGCUGCGCCACUUCAGCACUUCCCCAGCAGCAGCAGCCGGCACCCAGCAGCAGCAGCAGCAGCAGCAGCAGCAGCAGCAGGGGAGGGCGGCUUCCGAGGGCGCAGCAGCAGACGCAGGCGCAGACGGAGCAGAGGCCGACCGCAGCAGCAACCAGCAGCAGCAGCAGCAGCAGCAGCAGCAGCAGCAGCAGCAGCAGCAGCAGCAGAUUGAAGACAACAUGGGGCUGCAGACACGGGAAGAAGAAGAACUCGAGCUGCUGCAGCAAAUAAUAGAUCAGCAGCUGACGCAGCAGGGCCUCCUGGGGGGCCCCUACAAGCGUUUGCUGCUGGUUGCUGCUUUUGCCCCGCAGCAGCUGCUGCAGCAGCUGCAGCUGCGCUGCUCCGAGGGGCCCCCCCUGCCGGGCAAGCCUGCUGCUGCUGCUGCUGCUGCUGCUGCUGCUGCAGCAGCAAAGCUGCUGCAGCAAACCGCGGUGCUCUCUCUCGCCAAAUACGCUGCAGUCAGCAGAGCCUUCUGCGAAGAGCGCCUGCAGCUGCAGCUGCAGCCGCAGCAGCAGCAGCAGCAGCAGCAGCAGCAGCAGCAGCAGCAGAGCACUUUGCAUGCGCUGCUGUCUUUGCUGCUGCCGCCGCAGCAAGAGAAUAGAGCCGACGGGGCCCUCAAAGACACACUGCUGGUUGGCUUCGGGGACCUCACUUGCAGACACCCGAACCUGCUGGAGCCUUACAACGAAGGAGUGUUUUCGCUGCUGCGGGGCCCUGGGGUGUAUGGACAGCUGGCAGCAGUGCAUGUGCUGACGCACUUGACAAUGACUGGAAUGGUAAAGCCCAAGGCGCGGCUGCUGGUGAACAUGCUGCUGCUGCAGCAGCAGCAGCAGCAGCAGCAGCAGCAGCAGCAGCAGGAGCAGCAGGAGAGGGCCUGGCGGGUGAGGGAAGCAGCAAAAACCUUCUUCUUCGAAGUCGACAGAAAAGACCCUCUUGCUGUGCUGCAUGCGCUGCCUGAGUUGCUGACAGCAAUCGGGGUGGCCACAGCCCCCCCUGCUGCUGCUGCUGCUGCUGCUGCUGCUGCUGCAGCAGCAGCAGCAGCAGGGGAGGCCGAAGGGGAGGGCGCUGCAGCGGCGCGAGAAGCUGCAGCAGUUGCGGCGCUGCAGCGCGAGAGAGAGAAACUCCUCAGAAGUGCUGUGGGGGCCUCAGCAGCAGCAGCGCAGCAGCUGCGGGCCCUCUGCCGCAAAGCAGCACAAAAAGCUGCCAGCAGGAGCCGCAGCAGGCAGGCCGAGCAGCAGCAGCAGCAGCAGCAGCAGCAGCAGCAAGCUGCAGCAGCAAACCCAGAGGUUCAGGAAAGCGCUUCUGCACUAAAAGCCACAAUUGAAGAACUCCUCCAAAAGAUUGCAACUGCGCGCGGCGAGUCCCUGGAAGAAAGCGAAAUGGCCUUGGCGGACGAGGGGCUGGAGAAUCUGCUCGAAGUUGAGGGCCCCAGCGAAGCCCCUCAGAAGGAGAAGAAAGCAGCAGCAGCAGCAGCAGCAGCAGCAGCAGCAGCAGCAGCAGCAGCACCGCGUGCAGACUCUGCAGCAGACACAACUAACGAGCAGCAGCAGCAGCAGCAGCAGCAGCAGCAGCAGCAGCAGCAGCAGCAGCAAACGAGCAGCACUUCCAAAAGGAAAAGAGAAGCGGGGACAAAUGGCGAAGCUGUAGCGGAAAGCCGCAGCCAAAAGAACCAAAAAGUUCACAAAAAAAGGAAAUAA